CAAACGUGUUCAGUUUCUCCUGGUCACAGACUCGGACAAAAAGCCUUCUUCUCCAAUCCUCUCACAAAAGAUUAAAAAAAAACCCGAACCUGCUUAGCAGGAUCCGAUCUGCAUCCGGAAUCAUGAACGACGCCGACGUUUCGAAGCAGAUCCAGCAGAUGGUCCGCUUCAUCCGCCAGGAAGCGGAGGAGAAGGCCAACGAGAUCUCCGUCUCCGCCGAGGAGGAGUUCAAUAUCGAGAAGUUGCAGCUGGUCGAGGCCGAGAAGAAAAAGAUCAGGCAGGAAUAUGAGCGCAAGGAGAAGCAAGUGCAAGUCCGCAAAAAAAUUGAGUACUCGAUGCAACUGAAUGCUUCUAGAAUCAAGGUCCUUCAAGCACAGGAUGAUUUGGUAAAUUCCAUGAAGGAGGCAGCAUCGAAGGAGCUUUUGAAUGUCAGCCGUGACCAUAACAACUAUAGGAACCUUCUGAAGGAUCUCAUCAUUCAGAGUUUAUUGAGGCUGAAGGAGCCAUCUGUGUUAUUGCGGUGUCGUAAAGAGGAUGUACAUUUGGUGGAGUCCGUCUUGGAUUCAGCAAAGGAUGAAUAUGCACAGAAGGCCAAUGUUCAUCCACCCGAGAUCAUAGUUGAUAAUGUCCACCUCCCGCCUGCCCCCUCUGGUCGCAAUUCGCACGGUCCUUUUUGCUCUGGCGGUGUGGUCUUGGCUUCUAGGGAUGGGAAGAUUGUGUUUGAGAACACUCUUGAUGCUAGAUUGGAUGUUGCCUUCCGUAAAAAGUUGCCUGAGAUACGCAAGAGUCUGUUCAGUCAGGUUGCUGUGUGAUAGAUUAUCAUCUGAUGGCAUUUGUUUUUCAACUUUUUCCUCCUACUGUUUGUGUUUUUGUCUCGUGUCUCGAGUUCCUUUGCAACUGCAGAUUUGUUUGUUUUUCUUCUUUUCUGUUAAAAAGAGUGUUGAGUAUAUUUAUGUAAGUUUUAGCUUGGUGAUCCUAUUUAAGAUUCAUAUUUGAACUCAGUGAAAUAAUGCUUGUAAGCUGCUUGGAGCUAAUAAUAAAGCUGGAUUGAGAAGGUCAUAAUGCUGCAUUGCUUCGCUUUUCAUUUUGCUCCAAAUAUUGUGGAUAUGAUUUUAAUCGUACUCUGUUCAUUGUUAGCUCAGCAUGCAUUUGUCGAGUAUGAAAAAAGAAAAUGACUACUAAGUAAAAGAAAACAAAUAUGCUAAUUUAGUGCCCCC